UUAACGGAGCAGGAGAACUUUUUGGGGGAACUUGGAGAAGUUGGUGUGAGAUCGGCGCAGCGUGAUGCAAAGUACAAACUUUUUUACGCAGAGUUGCAGUGCGUAAAAAAAGCCGCGUUUGGAGACAAUGGGACUCCCCACGUUGGAGUUCAGUGACUCUUUCCUGGACAGUCCGGACUUCAGAGAGCGUCUCAAAUGCCAUGAAAUCGAGCUGGAGCGGACGAAUAAAUUCAUCAAGGACCUCAUCAAGGAUGGAAACAUGCUCAUUAUUGCGCUCAAGAAUCUUUCUGCUGCUGUCCAAAAGUUCUCCCAGUCCCUGCAGGAGUUCCAGUUUGAGUGCUUAGGUGACGCAGAGACGGAUGAUGAGGUGAACAUUGCUCAGUCAUUCAAAGAGUUCUCCCAGCUGUUGAACACUGUUGAAGAAGAGAGAAGACGCCUGAUUCAGAAUGCGGACGAUGUUUUGAUUACUCCCUUGGAAAAAUUUCGGAAGGAGCAAAUCGGCGCUGCGAAGGAGGGGAAGAAGAAGUUCGAUAAGGAAACAGAGAAAUAUUACUCCACGCUAGAGAGACACCUCAGCUUGUUCCAAAAGAAAGAGGCAUAUCUGCAGGAGGCCGACACACAGAUUGAUAAGGAGAGACAACUCUUCUAUGAUGCAUCUCUUGAGUACGUUUUCAAAAUACAAGAAGUGCAAGAAAAGAAGAAAUUUGAGUUUGUAGAGCCGCUCCUGGCCUUUCUUCAGGGUUUGUUUACAUUCUACCAUGAAGGAUAUGAGCUGGCUCAUGAAUUUGAGCCGUACAAACAGCAGCUCCAGUUCAACCUACAGAACACACGGAACAACUUUGUGAGCACCAAGCAGGAAGUGGAGAAGCUGAUGAAGAGGAUAAGGUCUGCAGAUCAGGAUUAUAAACCCCCCGGCCAGUGGACGAUGGAGGGCUUCCUGUACGUCCAGGAAAAACGUCCUCUCGGAUGCACUUGGAUACGUCACUACUGCACGUAUGACAAAGGCAGCAAGACCUUCUCCAUGAGCAACACUGAAACUAAAUCAUCUGGAAAACAGAAUGGCCUCGUCCUGAAUCAGCCUGAGAUGUUCAAGCUCAAGUCCUGCAUUCGGAGGAAAACGGACUCCAUCGACAAGCGUUUCUGCUUUGAUAUUGAAGUGGUGGAGAGGCACGGUGUUAUGACACUGCAGGCACUGUCAGAGUCCAAUAGAAGAUUGUGGCUGGAGGCCAUGGAUGGCAAGGAGCCGAUCUACAACCUUCCAGCCAUAUUAAGCAAAAAGGAAGAGACAUUUCUUAAUGAGGCAGGCUUUAACUUCAUAAGGAAAUGCAUCGACCUGGUCGAGAUGAGAGGCAUAAAUACAAUGGGGCUGUACAGGAUUGGAGGAGUCAACUCCAAAGUACAGAAGCUGAUGACCACAGUCUUUUCGUCCAAGGCACCUGUGGACAUGGAUCUGGAUCCAGAGACAUGGGACAACAAAACUAUCACCAGCGGCCUGAAGAAUUACCUCAGAUGUCUCUCAGAGCCUCUAAUGACGUUCAAGCUCCACAAAGAUUUUAUCAUGGCUGUCAAGUCUGAUGACCAGAACUACAGGGUGUGUGCUGUUCAUGCUUUGGUUCACAAGCUCCCUGAGAGGAACAAAGAAAUGCUGGAGUUACUAAUAAAACACCUUGUCACAGUUUCUGCGCAAAACCAGUACAACCUGAUGACGGUGUCAAACCUGGGUGUGAUCUUCGGCCCCACCCUGAUGCGGUCGCAAGAGGAGACUGUGGCUGCCAUGAUGAACAUCAAAUUCCAGAACAUUGUGGUGGAGAUACUAAUUGAGAACUUCAAUAAGAUCUUCCACCAGCCUCCAGACCCCAACGUGCCCCUGCCUCAGCCCCAGAGCCGGCCUGGCUCUCGCCGGAGCAGAGCCAUCUGUCUGUCCACAGGGCCCAGGAAACCCCGCAGCAUCUACACCCCAACACUGUGCUUGGCAGAUGCAGAAAGUGACACUUUCAGCAGCAGUCCCAGCAGCACCCCCAUGGGCAGCAUGGAGUCUCUGUCGUCCCAUUCCUCCGAGCAGAACGCCUCCUCCAAAACAGCCUGUUCUGGACAGAGGACGAGUCAUGACAAGUCGCUCCUGGAUCUCCGCCGGACGCCGUCACAGCUCUCAAACGGCCCCAGGAGCGCCGCAUGUGUCAGCAGUCCUGAGUCCAGCUCCAGGGAGGACACGGGACGUACAGAUGGAGAGUCAGAGGACGCUCUCAGUCUGUCCUCAGUCAGCACAACACCCAGGCUGUCUCCCGCACCCAAAAAAGCCCCCCACUGCCGCCCUGACCUCUGGCCGGUGCUGCUGAACCGCUCCAGCGCUCCGUCUCUGAAAUCGCUGCAUAUAUCUGAAGGCCGCGGGAGCUGCUCUGGAUCUGUCCAUAAUUUGUCAACACUGGAGUCCAAAGAGGGUUUAAAUCCUGCUGAGCACCCGGAUCUUCCACCAAAACAAGUGAUCCGCCGCAGGAUGGACACCUCAGUCAGCAACGGCUACCAGAGACCUGGCUCAGUGGUUGCUGCCCGAGCACUGCUUUUUGAAAAUGCCUCCUCUUUACAGUCUGCACCAGCUGGAAGAGAGGCCAAGGCGAUGUAUUCCUGUGAGGCAGAGCACAGCCACGAGCUCAGCUUCCCCCAGGGGGCGCUCUUCUCAAACGUCUACCCCUCUGUUGAACCAGGCUGGCUCCAGGCAACAUACGAGGGAAAAACAGGGUUAAUCCCGGAGAAUUAUGUUGUCUUCCUCUAAUGGGUGGUAAACAAUGCAUCUUUUUCAUGGUAUCCAUGAAAAAAAUAAUGAAUAUACAAUAUGGUUAAUUAUUGUGAUAGUCCUUUUAUUGCUGUUAACUGGUUUUUAAUAUUUUUUUGAACAUCAAAUGCAAUUUUAGCAGGUAUCGAGUGGGGCAGUAACUGCUUUAAUCAAAGUGCAAACAUAUAGCUCCUUUUCCAUAAUUACUAUGCAGAGUUUCAGAAGAAAUAGGCAUGGCAUUAUUAAUCCAUGUAAGUAUAUCACCCAUUGACUGCACUGAUGUUCUUAGUCUCUGUAUUAGCCUACAGAAUCACAAAACAAUCAUAUGCCAUUUCACAGAGUUUAUUCCCAGAAAUAUAUUGUAUAAUCGUUUAACUUCCCAUUAUUAUGAACAUAGAGCCUUUAUCAAGUUGUUAAUUGAAAUCUAUUGUCUCAUAAACAUGUUUUUAUUAACUGUAAUUGAACAAACUGUGAUUUAAAAUGAGGACAGUAAUCUAAUCUAUUAGAAUCUAAUAGAAAAAAAACAGCGUAAUGGGUUUGCACCUUAACUUUCAUGUUUAUGGAUCACUGUUCAUCCACUGAAUCUGCUCACUGCUGCAGCGCACUUUCUGUUAGCUCCACGGUACUGUACUGUACAUUAAGGCUCAUAUCUUUUUUUUUUAUAUUUGCUCAUCAAAAAUAGUUGCUUCUCAUACUGUUUAUUACUAUUCACUGUCACAUCAAACAUAUGCCAUGUGUGAAAAUGUGUUUUUAUAAUGAAAAGUACAUGAGAUGUAACCUGAAGCUUUAAUGUCUGUGGUGGUACUGUAUUCGCUGGUACACUGGUGUACUAGCAAAGACAGCUAGAUAAUGUUAUUUCAAAGAUGCCAUUUAAUAGUUAAUAUUCUAUUUCUGUCACAACAUUACCAAAAGAAAAGAGUCCAUAAUCAUUUAUACAGUGAAUGUUCAUGAUUUUUUGGGGGGAUAAGAUGAAAGAAACGAAAUAAUAGUUUAAAAAAAAUUUCGCCCUUGAGUGAUUACAAAUUGUAAGAUUACUCAAAAGUCAAACUUGCUUGUAAUUGUCCAAAAUGUAUUUGGGAGGGUUUCUGAGAGCCUCUCUCAUGCCAAGAUCAGGGUGUUCUUUUCCAUUUACAUCUCGAAGAAUGUGAUGUGACCUUGAACAGAAACGCUGGACGAACACUCCCUUACAGUCUGAGUUUUCUGGGGCAUAUCACGGAAAUGAUAUUCAUAUCCUGAAUAUGUAACAUCCAUUUAUAUAUGGGAAGUUUGUUCCCUUGCAAUCACCUGCUGUAUCUUGACAGUGCGUAAACAUGUCUAUAAAUAAACAGUGUGAUUUAUUAAA